AUGCGCACGUUCUCGACGUCUCAUCCAGCAUCGCUCGCAAGUGCGGCGUACACAGAUGGAGCCAGAUCCCAUGAAGCUGCCGUAACGACUUCUCCAGAAGGCCUUUCGUCUAGUCAGAGGGAAACCUUGAACAGCGCACUGCGAGUCGACCAAGCUGGAGAGCUUGCAGCUGAUUGGAUAUACCGCGGGCAGCUUGCGGUGCUGCGGCGGGAUCCUUCGGCUGGCCCUGUCAUUCAGGAAAUGUGGGACCAAGAGAAGAAACACCUAUACGUUAUGAAUAAACUGCAGACCCAACAUCGAGUCCGCCCGACAGUCUUAUGGGAAGUAGCAAAGGUAGCAGGGUUUGGACUUGGAGCCGUGACAGCACUUCUGGGCAGGGAGGCCGCCAUGGCGUGCACGGAGGCGGUAGAGACGGUUAUCGGAGAGCAUUACGACGACCAACUCAAGGAGUUCGAGUCCUUGCCCUCAUCGCAUCCGAGCGUUCCACUGCUCAAAGACGUCGUGCGUGAAUUUCGGGAUGACGAGUUGGAACAUCUUGACACCGCCGUCGAACAUCACUCUCAGCGUGCUCCGGCGCAUGCGCUUCUUAGUACUGUAGUGGGUGCAGGCUGCAAGAUCGCCAUUGAAUUGGGCAAGCGUAUCUAG